AACACACAGAAGUUAAACGCUCGGACACCCUGAGGUCUACUCUGCUGCUCCUGACUAACAAAGUUAAAACAAGUCAGCUCGAUCCCGGUGACUAUCCUGCGCGUGUAUCUGUGGAACUGAUGUGUUAAAGUGACACGAGUGGGCUUCAGGUCUGCUGUGCUGCUAUCACUGGAUUAAAUGUUUCGUGUGCUGCUGAUGGUUUCUGCUGCUACUCGACCUGCAGCCUCCAACACUAAUGACUAAUGUGGCUCCUGAAUGCACGCCUGCGUUGACGUGAAGACAAAGUUUAUGUAUUUUUGACUUCAAGUCGUCACGAUGACUCGAAUUUUCUGGGAUGCUAUUUUUCUUUUAAGUGGUUCCCUCUUUACGUUCGGAGCAGGGCCAAGCAAUUCAGCAGUCAUCGAAGCUAGCAUUUCCAUAAAGACAAACUCUACUAAUGCUCUGAACAGCUCGACAAGCAGCUCUGAAACCACCACAAGCAGAAGCACGACUAUGACAACCUUAGCAGCAACUACAACCAACACUCCUCCAGUUACAGUUUUCUUUACAUUUGGAGCAGAACCAACAACUGUUGAAGCAACCAUUUCAGUCAACACAUCUUCCUCCCCUGCUGUGAACACCUCUGUAACAAGCAGCAGUGGGAGCAUGACCACCACCGCCACCACCACAACGACAACAACCAACAUCCCUCCAGUUAAAAAGUUUGUUGCAGCAGCUGUUCGGUCUCAUUUUGAUGACUGUCCUGACUCCCACCGCCAUUUCUGCUUAAAUGGCAUGUGUCGAUUCCUAAUAUUAGAGGAGACGCCUGCAUGUGUGUGCCAUCCAGGCUUUGUAGGGAUGAGGUGUGAGCAUGCAGACCUGCUGGCUGUAGUAGCAACAAACCACAGACAGCAGACGGUGGCCACGGUGCUGGUGUUGUGUGUGAUUGGAUGUGUUCUCACCAUGUUCGUGUGUACACUCCUACACUGCUGGUGGAGGCAGGACUGUCGCAGGCAGAGGCACGCACAUCACUACGCCACAGAGAAGCACAGAUCAUCUUUCUAUCCUUCUGAGAGUGUGGUUUGAGGAGACGUCUUGCUGGGACCUGAGCUGUUUCCACUCAGCGUGCUUAGUUUUCUUCAUGUGGCCCCUGCGCAGACCUCAGGACUGUAACCAAAGUCCUUUUCACUUCUAUGGAUCAAGCCGGCGCAGCCAAGUGCAAAGAGGUCAAAAGUUCCACAAGUUAUUUUUGACCUGCAAAACCUUAGGAACGUGCUCACUUCUGUUUGAUCUGAAGGACGAAAAGAGCAGAAUUACAACAGAACAGUACAGUACGUCUGCAGCCCAGAGGAUAACCCGGUGCCAAAUCCUUCAAGAGAAGAGCGGUGUAUUUCCUCAUUCUUGUUGAUGGCUGGACUAGAGGAAAUGAAAAAAGAUCCACAGGCUGCUCAUUAUCCUGAAGUGGACGCUGAAAUGAAACUUUUACUUUAGGACUGCGGGACGAUGAUAAUUCAGCCCCAACUCCUCUUUUUGUCUUUUAAUAAUGUUGCACAUUUUUCCUUAGAUGCACAGAGGAUAUUUUAGAGAAUUUAUGGAGGGAAAUUUGAUGCUUUAAAAACAUUUUAGUGUCUGUUUUUAAAGAAGGAACUCACUUCACUGGAGACAGGAGGAGGAAUCGUGAAGCGGACUGAAUGCUGAUGGAUUAAAACCCUGCAAUCAGUAAUAAUUAUACACAAAAUGUGCAACUUCCAAUAUGGCUUUGUUCUGAUGGUACAGGUAAGUUUGACUCCAGUAUUGUUACGAAAGCUAUGUCAGUUUUUUAUUUUUUCUUCCUGAGCUGUACUUGAAUGUGUUCAUGCAUCAGAGUUCUCUUUUUAUAGUGCAAGCUAUAACUUUAACAACACAUGCACACAGUCACACUGGAAGUUUGGUUACUCCUUGGUCUUAUCAUAUUGUUGCACUUUUUACUGCAAGCUUGCUCCCUGUUCUUAAAAAACUGCACUAAUGGUACGAUGUAGUCACGCGGAAACGGUGUCCAUUUAAUAAGAGAUGCCAAAUACACUCGUUUCUAACUUUGCCUGAAUCAGCACUGAAGGGAAAAAGCACUUGGUGUGUUCACGUCCACCUAAGCAUGCAUGCACUUAAAUCACACUUUAUACUUUUGCUUUGGAUUUGAAUACUUUUAAAGCCUGGGAAGGAGAAUAUAAAUCAAAAUAUUUAAAAGCUUCUUCAACAAUUACAGACUGACUGUUCUUUGUGCAAUAGGAUGGUAAAAACUUCAUUAAGAUGAAUGUGAUGGUGUGUUUAUGCCAAAAGACUGCAUGGGGAUGAAACGCUCGUCUUUGUUUACAGUAGGCGAUGAUAUUUACAUUCAGCAUAUGUGUAUAUGUUUGUUUUUACAGCAUUGAUAUGUAAAUAAUCCACACAGGGAUGUAUAAAAUGUGUCAAUAUAAAAAAAAUCACAGAUAAAGGGUGAACUUUUUCAGAUUUAUGUUCACAGUUGGAAAGCUUUUGUGAUCUGCAUUGGUUUUCCAGUGAAUUAAAAUGCAAGUGUGUA